UCAUUUGCCUCCCUGCUGCUCUUCUCUCCCUGUCUCUCAUACAGUUUUCCAGGAGGACCAGUUCCCUGCACUACCGACUUACAACCAUGGCUGUACGGGACGCUGCCUCUCUGCUUGUCGGACUUCUGGUCCUCUUUCACACCUGGGAAGCGUGGGCUGCUGUGGAGGUGAACAUGGAGGACAGAGUGGAGGUGAUCAGGGGCACCACAGCUCAGAUCGCCUGCAUGUUCACAUCGGUUGACGGCGUAGGUGGCAUGAUCAUACAGUGGUUCUAUAUGACACGAUCAGGCGAAAGGCAAAGAAUCUACUAUCAGGACGCCACCAGGAAGGAAGUAGAACGAGGCAUACCGUUCACAGAACGGAUCAGUGUGAAUGGUACCGUAGCCACUGGAGAGGUGGUGUUGAUUAUCAGCGAUGUGCAGCUGGAAGACGAACUGGAAUAUGUCUGUUUGGUCAAAACUCUAACAGAUGGAGCUGGGGAGGGACGUACAAAGCUGAAGGUGUUCGAAAUACCAAACAUUCCUACCAUUGAGCGUGAGCCAAGGGGGAUCUCAGUCCAUGAAGACAGCCCAUCCAAGAUUGGAACCUGUGAGGUCAAAAAUGGCUUCCCUAAGCCGAACAUCACUUGGUACAGAAACAACACACCGCUAAACGCAGCUCAGGAUGGGGUGAUAGUAGAGCCCAGCAUCACUACUGAAUCCAGCGGUCUGUUCUCAUUUAAGAGUGAGCUGAGCAUAAAGGUAGUGAAGGAGGACAAAGAUGAUCUCUUCUACUGUGAGGUCACCUACUUUGUUCCUGGAGGAAUCAAGAUGACUGAGACCUCACGUAUUAACAUCACUGUAUACUACCCCUCCACAGCUGUGAAUGUUUGGGUGGACUCACCAAAGGGCAAAAUCAAAGAAGGGGACACAAUUGUGCUUCGAUGCAUUGGCAACGGGAAUGACGCAUCCUCACUGUUGACAAUCACGCACGGUGAUGUCUCUUGGGACAGUGAUGAGGUUGUCCUGCAAAAUGUGACCCGUCUACACAGUGGAGUUUAUCAUUGUACCUCUAUGAAUAUAGAAACGGUCACCUUUGAGGAGAUCUCGGGAAAUACUACUGUGUUUGUCAACUAUCUUGAUCCUGCUGUGGUGAUGCCCAAAGACCCUAUUGUGGUGGCCCAAGGAGAGGAGCUGAAAGCCACCUGCAACGCCCUCUCUUCUCUCCAGACACACACAGUCUGGUUUAAGAACGGAGAGAAGGUUUCACAGGGCAACAGUUUGAUCCUGAAAGAUGCUACGUUUGACACAGCUGGGACGUAUGUGUGUGUGGUCACAGUUCCUGAGAUUGAGGGAAUGGAAACCAACGGGAAACUUCAAGUUAAUGUCCAGGGGCCACCACAGAUCAUUAAGCCAGAGUCCACAGAGAUGGAGGAGAGUUAUGGGACGACCGUCCAGCUGAUCUGCCAUGUCAGAGGUUUCCCUGCUCCUAGCACUAACUGGGACACUUCUGGUGGAAAGGUCCUCAACACCGAAAUCCAAGCACUGGGCGAGAAAGGUAUUAAGAAUACGGCCUUUGUCGAGGUCACCUCUGACAUCACUGCUCUCUGCAAGGCCUCCAACGCAUACGGCACUGACGCAAUGACCUUGAACAUCAAAGCCAUUAUUGACACCACCACACCAGCCUUCAGCACUAGUACUACCACUACCAUUUCCUCUUCCACAGGAAAAGCAGCUAUCCCACCAAAGAAAAUCAAAAAAGAGGGCAGUGGUGUUAUCAUUGCGGUCCUCAUCAUCUGCAUCCUGCUGCUGGCCAUCUUGGGGAGUGUGCUCUACUUCCUCUACAAAAAGGGCAAGAUCUGUGGCCGAUCCGGCAAGCAAGACCUGACCAAAGAGAAGUCCAGCAAGGAUAACAUUGUGGUGGAGAUGAAGAGCGACAACACGGAGGAGGCCGUGCUCCUCGGGGUCAACGGGGAAAAGCAAACUCCCAGCGACCAGUAAAGGGCGGCAAGUACCUGGAACUGCAGAAGUGAGGAGGUGACUGCUCAGCUACUCCUGUUAUGCGUUCUCAGGCUCAGACCUAUUGAUGCCUUUCAAGCUUCCACCACAGCUCCUCAUCCCAGAGUUACGUCACGGAAAAGCUCAGUCGUCCGUCAAUUAAUAUCAUGAUGGAUGACCGAGACUCAAAUUAUUUCAAGCUGCAGCUUUUGCUUACUGUCUUUCUCAUCCCAGCAUGUUUCUGUUGGAAUGCAACUUGAGCUUUAAUGGGAAGUGAUUUGAGCGCGCCGUGACGUAACUCUGCUAAUACAUCUUCCACCUUCAAACCCGGGAGGACUGUCCUUAGCCCAAAGUUGUCAUUACCAUGAGCCUUGUAUACUGCUGAUUGUCCGUAGAUCAAUAAUUAGAGCACAACAGUGACCAGGGACUGUUUUUAUACCCGACUAAGAAUCACCUCAGGCAAAGCAAUCACUGAAGAGCAGCCUGAAACAGCUCUUUAUCAAGUGUACAUAUUAUAUCUAUGUAUAUAUUUCUUUAUUUAAAAUAACACCA